AUGUUUUCUCAACACCUGACCGCGUUUGGCUCACACUGGUUGCCCCCAACUCACACCCUGUUGGGCGGCUGGAGGGACGUACAAUUACCCAACUAUCCAUGUCGGUCGGGUGUGCCCCCUUGGCCUCAACUCUCUCACCCCACCAAGCACCUCUCAGGGGCCUUCCGACCUCCAGAUACCCACAACAUCAACUGGACAAGACAACAGUCCAGACAACAUCCCCCACCAGGGUUUCCUUUUCACUGCUUUUCUCAUCGACCCUUCCACCUUGGACUGAUGGAAUGCUCAGACAAAGAGCCUCCACACAAGUGGAGGAGGAGUGCAGAAGAGAGGGGUCCAGGGGAUAGGGACAGGUCCAAGGGCUCCCCCAAGUGACAGUACCCACCACGACAGGCUCGCAGUGCCACUACCAGCCCCAAUUACUGGUUCAAAGAUGGGAAACAACAACCACCACCUCCUGGGAGUCCAUCAAGACUGGCAUUAGGUAAUACUUCAGUUUCAAAAACUGUUGCUAUUCUUGCCAAAACCGUUAUUCUUUGAUCUGACUAAGCUAGAGAAAUUAACCUGAAGUGUUUAAGGUUUGGUCCAAUAUGGAUCCUGUCAUGCAGUGUCAUUCACAUGCUAACCAAAUUGUUUAGUUUGUGCAUUUCCAGAGCUGAAGAGAAAAUGGGAGGACUUUUCCCACUUCUAUAUGUCCAGACCCCAGUCUGGUGGUGGGAGGUGUCACGCCCUGACAUAGAGAUCUCUAGUUGGUUUGGUCAGGGUGUGAAUAUCUAUGUGUAGAUCUAUGUUAUCUAUAUCUAGGUUGGCCAGGUGUGGUUCCCAAUCAGAGGCAGCUGUCGAUCGUUGUCUCUGAUUGGGGAUCAUACUUAGGUAGCCAUUUUGCCUACCUUUAGUUGUGGGAUCUUGUUUCUGUUUGUGUGGCUUGUUUGAUGUAUAGCCUUUAGAACUUCACGUUCAGUUGCUUUGUUAUUUUGUCAAGUGUUUAUUAUUAAACAUGUACGCAUACCACGCUGCACCUUGGUCCAAUCCUUUACACGACGGACGUGACAGAAGAUCCCACCACCAACGGACCAAGCAGCGUGGCCAGGAGGAGAAGACACCCUGGACACAGGUGGGGAAGACAUUUUGGACAUGGGAGGAGAUAUUAGCCGGUAAAGGACCCUGGGCAAAGGAAGAAGCCCAGGCAGGAGAGGACCAACGGCGACGCCGAAGUGCACAACGACGAAGGAGGCCUGAGAGGCAACCCCAAGAAAAAAAUUUGGGGGGCACACGGGGUGGUCGACAAAGCAGCAGGAGGCCGUGAAAAGGCUGACUGUGGAGGAGGAGGAGGCUGCUAUAGUAGAGGCCCUCCAAGACCUGCAGCUCAGCAGUCUGAGAGAGGAGACCACCACAUUGCGGGGGCUGUUAGCUCAGAGGGAGCAGGAAUUCUCCCUUCAGAGGGAGGCGCUACAGGAGGCUCACAGGGAGAAGGAGUCAGUGGAUGCCCUGAGAAAGGAGUUGGCCAGGCAACAGGAGGAGCUGAGAGAGGCGUUAACCCUUCAGCAGCAGAGAGCUCAGUACUUAGAGCAGAGGCUGGCGAAGCCAGGUUGCAGAGCAGAGCCAACUCCCUGCACUCGCUUUGAGGAGCGUGUGACCAUGUAGGCACCAGGCUAUGCGCCGGCGUUGCGCACUGUGCCGCCAGGGCGCUUUCACAGACCUGUGGUGCGUGUCUCCAGUCCGGCACGGCUCGUGCCUACUCCUCGCACCAAACCAGUGGUGCGUGUCUCCAGUCCGGUACGGCCCGUACCUGCUCCUCGCACCAAACCAGUGGUGCGUGUCGCCAGCCCGGUACGCCCCGUACCUGCUCCCCGCACCAAACCAGUGGUGCGUGUCUCCAGUCCUGUACGGCCCGUACCUGCUCCUCGCACCAAACCAGUGGUGCGUGUCCCCAGCCCGGUACGGCCCGUGCCUGCUCCUCGCACCAAACCAGUGGUGCGUGUCGCCAGCCCGGUGCGCCCCGUACCUGCUCCUCGCACCAAGCCAGUGGUGCGUGUCCCCAGCCCGGUACGGCCCGUGCCUGCUCCUCGCACCAAACCAGUGGUGCGUGUCGCCAGCCCGGUGCGCCCCUACCAGCUCCUCGCACCAAACCAGUGGUGCAUGUCCCCAGCCCGGUACGGUCCAGUCCAGGAUCAGAGCAGUCCGCUCCACCGGUGCCUAGUCCAGCUCCGGUCAGCUGCUCCACUCCAGUGCCAGAGCAGUCCGCUCCACCGGUGCCUAGUCCAGCUCCGGUCAGCUGCUCCACUGCAGUGCCAGAGCAGUCCGCUCCACCGGUGCCCAAGUCCAGCUCCGGUCAGCUGCUCCACUCCAGUGCCAGAGUAGUCCGCUCCACCGGUGCCCAAUCCAGCUCCGGUUAGCUGCUCCAGUCCAAUGCCAGAGCAGUCCACUACACCGGUGCCUAGUCCAGCCCCGGUCAGCUGCUCUUGUCCAGAGCCAGAGCAGUCCUCUCCACUGGGAUCCAGUUCAGCUCCGGUCAGCGGCUCCACUCCAGUGCCAGAGCAGUCCACUCCACCGGUGCCCAGUCCGGGUCCGGUCGUCUACUCUCCCACACCAGGGUCCAGACAGGACUUGGUGCAUCGCGGGAGGACUGCAGAGCCAGAACCAGACAUCAACCCCUCUCCAGGGUCAGGGCCUCCCACACCAGGGUCCAGACAGGGCUUGGUGCAUCACAGGAGGAUUGCCGGUCCAGACGUCAGCCCCUCUCCAGGGUCGGGGCCUCCCACACCAGGGUCCAGACAGGGCUUGGUGCAUCGUGGGAGGACUGAGAGGGGAAGCAUCGCGCCGGGGUCCAGACCGGACCAGGUGUGCAACGGGGAGACAGAAAAGGAGAGGACAGUAAGGGUGACGUCGCACCCGGAGCCGGAGCCGCCACAGAGGGUAAAAGCCCACCCGGAUCCUCCCCUAAUGAGUCAGUUUUGCGGCCGGAGUCCGCACCUUUGGGGGGGGUACUGUCACGCCCUGACAUAGAGAUCUCUAGUUGGUUUGGUCAGGGUGUGAAUAUCUAUGUGUAGAUCUAUGUUAUCUAUAUCUAUGUUGGCCGGGUGUGGUUCCCAAUCAGAGGCAGCUGUCGAUCGUUGUCUCUGAUUGGGGAUCAUACUUAGGUAGCCAUUUUGCUUACCUUUAGUUGUGGGAUCUUGUUUCUGUGGCUUGUUUGAUGUAUAGCCUUUAGAACUUCACGUUCAGUUGCGUUGUUAUUUUGUCAAGUGUUUAUUAUUAUUAUUAAACAUGUACGCAUACCACGCUGCACCUUGGUCCAAUCCUUUACACGACGGACGUGACAGGAGGCGAGAAUCACCCUUUGACUUCUCUGUGAUGUCCUAUAACACCCUCUCUCAGGACCUGCUCCACGACAAUAACUACCUGUACAAACACCGUAGCUCCUCCAUCCUAAACUGCCCAACAUCCUUAAAGAGCUCAAAGAGCACAACACAGAUGUAAGUGAAUGGGUUAUGAAUCAUUACUGAUGGAACAACCAUUUACAUGAUCUAUUAGCUUGUGAUAGAUUCACAGACUUACCAACAUAUUGAUCAUCAUCACAAGGAACAGUGAACACAAUAGAGUGGCACUGUUUUGACUAGUUCAAGUCAUUAUCCCUUAGAGCUCAUCAAAAUGAUGAUGAUACUGCAUAUUUUCAUGUUAGAUGUGUACUGCGGAAUUAUGUCAAACUUUGCCUUCUUAGAAUAUGUGUCUGCAGGAGGUGCAAGAGGACCACUAUGAAAAACAGAUCAAACCCUAUCUAGAAGCUUUAGGUACUGCCCCCUGUUGGUCCCUUGCUGUUGUAUACUCAGAAUGUACAACCGGUAAAGUAAGUGUAAAUAUCAUUGUAUUGAACAUUCUGCCAUGUAGAGACUAUUGCGUCUUUUUUACAUCGACUUCUUUCAGAUUCAUAUCAUGGAGUAACCAUGGUAACGGUAUGAUGUUUUGGCAAAGGACACCUUUCGGUCACAGGCCCAACUCUCUAAACCCCUAGGCUACCUGCCACCCCAUGAGUUUUAUCAUAUGGAAAUGUGAAGUGCACAUUUGGUCUCACGGGUGUUUGACUUGCUUGUAUGACAUCAAAGCGGUAUUUAUUAUCAUUUUAAACAUCUCUUCUUUCAAAAUACAUUGAGUCAUCUUAAUUUAGAGCAUUUCCCUCACUCAAACAACAACACAUUUGCAAGAGUUGCCCAAUUAGCGGGAGGGAUGGGGGUAACUUCUUGUCGCGUGUGGUUCUCAAAUUCAGAACGGCUGUCAGUCAAAACCAAUAUCGGCUGUGAUGCGCAUAGCCUGAGCUCUGACAUCAUUUAUAAUGUAUACAGGUAUGAGUGUUGUCGUAGUAAAUAUUAAAAUGUUAUAGCUUGGUCUGACUAAAAUCUUGUGCAUGACCCAUUUUAAUGUUAGGAGCUUGUUUUCAAUCAAUGCUGUUCCUAUGCAAGAACAAUGGACAGAGCCAAUAUCUUCUCAAGGACAACACCCACGCCACAGGCCACAAUCUGGUUGCUCCCCACGAGUCUUUCCUUUGAGAACAUACACACAUUCACACACACAUCUCCAUGCAUACGCACACUCAUCCUCAUGCCUCACGAGUUACGCACACACACAAACUGCACUUCUUUCUACUGGUCGGGUGCCAAGGGCAGAGGACUCUGCCGUGCACCAAAGGGGCUUCUACUCUGGACAGAGCAGACCCGCCUCCUACGCCUCGGGAACCAAUCAAGGGACUAGAAAAAGGACCCCUUCCUUUGUGUUACAUUGUAUAAAGUAAUGCUGUAAACUCUGUUUUUUAUCCUUCUCAACUGUCUCCAUAAGAGGCAAUUGAUUGGGUCCAUGCAUUGGGCCCAUGCAUGUAGCUUGAGCAGUACCAGCUAUCUCUGUGUUUAAUAAACUGCCUUUUGCUUAAGCAUAUUCCUCUCUGUCUAGCGUUGUUGGUUUGUACUUCCUCUCCUUAUGGUUUCACCAACAGUGUAAAGGGUUAAGACUUAAUCCCCCCCUCCGCGAUCUGUGUGGGCAAGUGCAAAGCACUUGUUUAGCCCAAUCCUGAUACAUCCAAAUAACCAGUGACGAAAACCGCUAAAACUGAACUAAUGCUGCUUGUUCAGUCCACGCAUCCCUUUCACUCCCGGCAGAUUCUUUGGUCUACACGCAGAAUAUGCCCAGUGUGCCCACGGGAGAUUAAUUAAGACUAGGCCUAUUCUCUUGAGCUGUAGCGCAGCCUAUUUUAAAUUGAAAAGCUUGUCAAAAUGAUACAAUGGAAACUGCAUAAAGAAGCAAGCGAUAUUGCCAUUGGAGGUUACAUUUAAUAUGACCACUAGAGGGAGCCACAUGCAUAGAUAAUUAAUUUCUCAAUCCACUUGGUUUUCCGGUUUCACUUGUUUCACUUUCAAAAAUAUUGAAAUUGUGUACAUUUUCAGCACAGUUUAUGAGAAAUGUCACAUUUACUUUGAUGUUGUGAUGUUUUUUUCCUAUUUCCUUCCCCAGGUUACCAGUGUGAGUACAAGCAGAGGACAGGCAGGAAGCCUGAUGGCUGUACGAUGGUCAAUAAGAAGGACCGCUUCUCCCUGCUGUCCAGACACCCAGUGGAGUACUUCCGCUGGGGCAUCCCACUGCUAGACCGGGACAACGUGGGCUUGGUGCUGUUACUGCGUCCCACGAGACCCCUCAGCCCAGAGGCCUGUGUGUGUGUGUGGCCAACACACACCUCCUGUACAACCCCUGGCGUGGGGACAUUAACUCUGUGCCCUGGUCCCCUCUGUACAGCUUAGUUAGGGAGAGCAGGCUGGAGUACGACAGCAUUUCCAUAGGCAAGGUGAGGGCUUCAUCAUCUACACGCCCAUCUUUCUGCUGUGGGAUAAUAAGCGCUGGCUGAAGCUGAUUACUACGGAGGGAACAUAAUGUUUACGUUUAACGUUUUAGUCAUUUAGCAGACGCUCUUAUCCAGAGCGACUUACAGUUAGUGUUCAGGGAGUGCUGCUAUAAAAUGUGGGCUGUUAUAGAAUGUUCGUUGAGCUCCUCCCUGUCAAUCAUCAUCAUUCUUUAGUAUUUCUAGUUAAUUUUCAAUCUGUGUUGAAUGCCCUUUCUUUGCCAUUUUUAUGCUUACCUCCAAAUAAUUGUACAGCAAGUUGCUUUACUACGCUAGACAAAACUGUGUGAAGCUACAGUUGAAGUCGGAAGUUUACAUACACUUAGGUUGGAGUCAUUAAAACUCGUUUUCAACCACUCCACACAUUUCCUGUUAACAAACUAUAGUUUUGGUAAGUAGGUUAGGACAUAUACUUUGUGCAUGACACAAGUAAUUUUUCCAACAAUUGUUUACAGACAGAUUAUUUCACAGAUUAUUUCACUUAUAAUUCACUGUAUCACAAUUCCAGUGUGCCUUUAAACAGCUUGGAAAAUUCCAGAAAAUGAUGUCAUGGCUUUAGAAGCUUCUGAUAGGCUAAUUGACAUCAUUUGAGUCAAUUGGAGGUGUACCUGUGGAUGUAUUUCAAGGCCUACCUUCAGACUCAGUGCCUAUUUGCUUGACAUCAUGGGAAAAUCAAAAGAAAUCAGCCAAGACCUCAGAAGAAAAAUUGUAGACCUCCACAAGUCUGGUUCAUACUUGGGAGCAAUUUCCAAAUGCCUGAAGGUACCACGUUCAUCUGUACAAACAAUAGUACGCAAGUAUAAACACCAUGGGACCACGCAGCCGUCAUACCGCUCAGGAAGGAGACGCGUUCUGUCUCCUAGAGAUGAACGUACUUUGGUGCGAAAAGUGCAAAUCAAUCCCAGUACAACAGCAAAGGACCUUGUGAAGAUACUGGAGGAAACAGGUACAAAAGUAUCUAUAUCCACAGUAAAACAAGUCUUAUAUCGACAUAAUCUGAAAGGCCUCUCAGCAAGGAAGAAGCCACUGCUCCAAAACCGCUAUAAAAAGCCAGACUAUGGUUUGCAACUGCACAUUGGGACAAAGAUCGUACUUUUUGGAGAAAUGAAACAAAAAUAGAACUGUUUGGUCAUAAUGACCGUCGUUAUGUUUGGAGUAAAAAGGUGGUUGCUUGCAAGUCGAAGAACACCAUCCCAACCGUGAAGCACGGGGGUGGCAGCAUCAUGCUGUGGGGGUGCUUUGCUGCAGAGGGACUGGUGCACUUCACAAAAUAGUGUUCAGGCCUCAGGCCUUUACCAACACUGAGGAAAUGCAUGCUUCUUUCCUCUGAUCUGAAUGUGACGUUAAUACUCUUCUCUCCUCCCAGAUAUUGACAUGGGAAUCUCCAACCUGUCUGUACAGGACUUUGAAGCACAAGCUAUAGCAACUAUGAACAGGUUGCAUUUCAGUGUUAAUAAUCAUUUAGUUGAGACACAGUGCCUGUGAUCCCUACAGUCAGUUAGUUCUGUCAGGUAACUGUAGGAGAUCUGAUCCUGUCAGGUAACUGUAGGAGAUCUGAUCCUGUCAGGUAACCGUAGGAGAUCUGAUGCUGUCAGGUAACCGUAGGAGAUCUGAUGCUGUCAGGUAACCGUAGGAGAUCUGAUGCUGUCAGGUAACUGUAGGAGAUCUGAUCCUGUCAGGUAACCGUAGGAGAUCUGAUGCUGUCAGGUACUGUACCAGCUGUAGCUCCUCUGACUCACAACAGACCUUCAAUAUUAAUGCUUUUCAAACAGUUGAGUGUCUGUGCUGCUCAACGCAGCUCUAAUUUGUUUUGAACAGCGUCUGCAAAUCGGAUGCAUCCACUCGUCCCUCUCUCGUCGUCUUGCUCACUCUGUUUGUAUGCCUUGGAGAAUUUAGGAGACGAGAGUUGACAAAUCCUUCCCGUACAAUAUUAACGUGAAGCGAGUGGAACUGCUCAUAGGGAGAAGUGACAAGUCUAUCCCUGGAUGAUUUGUUGUUUGUCCAGUGCAGUCCGUGCAGUGCUCCAACUUCAAGGAGCAACUGUCUGUGUUAAUUAGCAGUUGAAGUUAAGCCAGUGCCCUGUGUGACAGUGUGUCUCUCCCCCUCCCCAUGUCCCACCAGUGAGUCCAGGCCCAGUAUAGAGCACAGUCUGAGGCUGACGUCAGCCUACUUCCACUACCUGACAGAGGACGGCAGGCUUGAGAUCACCACCUGUCACUCCAGAAAAGCCUUCACUGUGGACUACAUCUUCUACUCCGCAGGAACUGGGGACAUUUCCACACAGCCAGGUACACACAAUAUACUACAUGUUGACAUACACUACAUACAACACAGGAUUUGUUGAUUGAUUUGUAUACUUUAAAGCAGAGUGGGAUCUGACAAUCAAAAUAUUAUUUAUGAUGAGGUGGGUCUUGUAAUGUGAACUCUGCAGAUGCUGCAGUCUGCUUUACUGCAGUGCAGUGCAGUGAGAUGUGGAGUUGAUUAGUCUCCCAAGCUGCAAUUAUGUAACCAUGAUUAGGGCCCUGAGUUUUUCUUGACUAAGAUCACAUCAUCAGGGAAAAGUCAGGGCCUUCACCAUGCCUGUUGUAUGUUCCUCCCAGAGGGUUCAUUGCCCAGGUGAGGGCUGCUGGCCAGACUGUCCCUGGUGGGACAGACAGACCUGGAGGCUGUCAACGGGCUACCCAACGAGCACAACUCCUUGGACCAUCUGCCCAUACUGGCCCUCCUCCGCCUCUGCCCCUGAGACUGGUGGUCAAG